CAGUGGUUUGGUCGAUUAAAGUGCAAGGUGAAGGCAGCAUAAAGUAAAGGACGAAGAAAGAUUCGGGUGACCCAGUGACCUGCAAAGCGGUUAAAGACACUGAGGAAAACAUUUUUCGAGGCAUGGUUGGCAACCUAACCGUCGCCAAAGAGAAGAACCGAAGCAAAGAGUUGUGAAAAGCGUGUGUCGCAUAUUAAAAGUGGCGACGAGCUUUCAAUUCGUUUAAAACCGAUAUUCCAAUGCAAACCUAAUCAUCAGAAAUUUAGUGAAACAUGCGGGCGUGCGUGCUCUUUCUUCUUGUUGCGGCCUUUUCAUUUGGCAUGCCACAUUUGUCUUCGGCUGCGGACAUAUUCGGUUACUUCCUGGCAGAUCCAGAUGCCGAAGGUAGAGAAAGCGAAGAUGAAAAUUUAAGAACUUGCGAAUGUCGAGAAGCAACAUGCAUGUGCUGUGUGGACUUCAAUUUGACCUACAUCGAUUUGGGAGGUCCAGGUUGUGUGCAAAUGAAGUAUAUCUCCCAAGAAAAAGGACUGAAACUGAAUGUCUCAUACGGUGAAAGUCUUUUACAUAGCCAAGAGGUGAAAGGACCUAAUCCCGAUGCGACAUGCAUGUCCUUACUGACGGAUAUUGCCGGAAUAUGUGCCCGGUUUUCGAAUUUGUUACCGCACAACGAGGGUCUUAGAGGGUGUUUACUUCUUGAGCCUAAGUUAUUGAAGGCGGUUACAGCCACUUUUAAAAUAGGCUGUUUUACCAUGGGUCCUGAUGGGAUGAAGCUCGAGGAAGGAAAUGCCACUGCUUCCGAGCCCCAGCUAGUCGAAAAUUUAACCGAAGGCCCUCAAAACCAGAAUGAGUCUGCAAUCAUCAACGAAGACUUGCUCAGUGUAGUAAAUGAGACGGCCGAGAAAGGACUGGCAUUUUUGGGUAGUCUAUUUGGACUAACCUUUGAAGAGUCGGCAGACACGGAAACCGAUGGUAUAACUAAUGAUCACAUUGGCGCUAGUGAAACCACUAAGCCAAAUAACACUGCAGAUUUGACCUGAUAAGGGAUGCAAUGGGCUGCUGAUCUAAAUCAUCGAUGAAGAAGGCACUACCACUACUAUAAGCACCAUGUAUACUUUUUGUGAACUUGGAAAUUAUUUAUUUUUUUUAGUU